AUGUCGUCUCGACGCAACGGCUCAGUGUCUCGGGCGGCUGAGGCGGCGUCCAAGAAUCGCUUGCACAUGGACCGCAACCCGCAGCACUCGAGGUUGACUGAUCCAUCCAACCCGGCUGGUAGACGCAAGGAGAUUGACAAUGUGAUGAAGCGCGCACGUCAAGCCUCCCCGGGCAGUUGGGACAGGAAGCUGCUGGAAGUUGAAGAGAAGGACCCAAAUCGGUGGCGCCACACCGGCUACAAGCAGUUGUAUUUAGACGGUUCGGGUUCCGUGUCACCGCGUCGGUCCAGGUCACCAGUACUCGGAAGACGUUCUAGGUCUCCAGUGGUACGCCGAUCCCGGUCUCCAGUAGUACGGCGAUCCCGGUCGCCAAUGGUGCGUCGAUCUCGGUCUCCAGUGGGUCGUCGGUCUCCUAUCGUACGUCGAUCCCGGUCCCCAGUGGGUCGUCGGUCGCGGUCUCCGGUGACGCGUCGGUCUCGGUCUGCUCGACGCAGUCCACGCAAGUCACGCUCCCGUUCGCCACGGCGCAGUCCCCGUAGGAGUCCUCGUAGGAGCCCUAUCAGACGCAGUGCGGGGCGCAGCAGCCCGCGCAGGCGACGCGCGCGCCCCGCGCCCCCGCCCCCGCAGCGCGCGCCUCGUCCGCCCUCGCCGCCCGCGCCCCGCCAGUCGUCUCCGUCAGGUUCAUCGGGGAGCAGCUGUUCAGAUGAGUCCUGCUCAGUCUGCUCUGCCAAGAAUAAGAAAGGGCCUCCGCCACCCAAGCCUGCAAAGCCCAGUUCAACUUCACCGGGACGUGCUGCAGUGGCUAAACGGGCUCCACCAACCACAAGCGCUACACGAGCCGUGCAGCCCACGCGUGAACUGCUCAAAGCCAGGGAGGCCAGCAAGAGGACUCGGGAGGAGAAGGUGCUCGAAUGGCAGCGCUCCCAAUUGGACGUGACCGGUAUAAAGCGUGAGGGCGAACGUCGUCGACCGCGUCCAGAACGGCCAGAACGUACCGAACGUCCUGAACGCCCUGAACGAGGAGUCUCACCUGCUGCCAUAGUGGCCGCUCUCGCAGACACCUCCUCAGAAUCCGACUCUGAAGGCAGCUCCGAACCGCAACCACAACGGUUAACGUUGUCCGAACGCUUCGGCAAGAUGGCACAGUGGUCGCUCGACAGAUCCGCGAGGCUCGAGAACAUGCGGAUCACAAGACGAGAGGCAACUCUUCACGUGAGGAUCGAACGCACCGAACCCCCAGCUGCCCCAGGAGUCUCGGGAGACGUUCCCGCCGGAAGCUACCCGGAGGAACUACUCGCUGCAGCACCAGCAGGACUACCUUCAUGGGACGAUGUGCGAGUGCGAUACGACUACUAUAAGAAGCGCGGUUACUUGCGAGGACUGACGCUGCCAGAUUACGUGAAGUGGGAGGAGUGGUGGUACAAGUACCAGGAGUGGCUGAAGCGCGAGCGCGCGUACGAGCGCUGGGCCGAGGGCGGGGAGGGCGCGGUGGGCGGCGGCAGGAGGGAGCGGCGCCGGCGGGGGGGCCGCCACCGCCGCAGCUGA